AGAUCUCGCGAGAUUGCGGCGGGUAGACGUCGGGGGCGCAACCAUGGCGGACGCGGUGUCUCCGCUCCGGCGGAAUCCCGGCCGCCUCACGUGGGGGCGGACCCGCAAGGCUCGGCCCCAGCUGAUGCUGAGCCGCCGGUCCCGCCGCCGGCUCGGGGCCCUGGGCCGGUGUGGCCGGCGGGUUUUACUUUUAGCGGGAUCUGUCAGAUGACUUGCCUCUAUGGCCAGGUGGAGGUGUUUGGUUUUGUCAUCAACCAAGGCCAGCCUGCCCAGGACAUCUUCUCUGCCUAUACCCACUCUUAUCUGACGAUCAACGCAGUCCAUUACUCCUUGCCUGAGAAGAGCAAGAAGGACAUGAAAAGGGAAGCCCGGGCUUUGCUCAGAGCACAUCUUAACCUGGAGGACAGAUCUUGGGCAAUGAAGAAUUUUUCUCCUCUGUGUUCCAUUGUGCUGCUAGAACGUCUGAAGAACACCACUGUAAACUUCAUAACCAGCCAUCCAGGUUCAUGUGCCAUUUUUGAGCAAGAGUCAGCGGCCCAGCUUACUGCGGAGUGCUUGGUCCUGAGGUCCAUCGGCAUCAGAAGAGAAAAGAGGAGGAAAGGGCUUCAGCUCACGGCGAGCGCCCUCUCGGCCCUGGAGGAGUUAGUGAGCGUGUCUUGCGAGGACGCAGAUGGCUGCCCCAUCAUCCUGGUCUGUGGCCCGCAGGAUGUGGGAAAGUCCACGUUCAGUAGGUACCUGAUGAACCAGCUGUUAAACAGUGUUCCCUGCAUUGACUACUUGGAGUGUGAUAUGGGCCAGACAGAAUUCACUCCGCCUGGCUGCAUUUCUCUACUGAAUAUCACGGAGCCAGUUCUGGGGCCACCUUACACCCACCAGAGGACGCCGCAGAAGAUGGUGUAUUAUGGGAAGCCUACUUGCAAAAACGACUACGAGAACUACGUUGAUAUAAUCAAAUACGUGUUCAGCGCCUAUAAAAGAGAGGCCCCGCUGAUCGUCAACACGAUGGGCUGGGUGACAGACGAAGGCCUCCUGCUUCUCAUCGACCUCAUCCGGCUGCUGGCCCCCAGCCAUGUGGUGCAGUUCAGCUCCACCCAAAACAAGCAGAUGCCCAACCUCAGCCCGGACUACGUGGACUGCACGGACGGGCUGUACACCAAGAGCAAGGCCCGCGUGCGGGAGCGAGGCUUCCCCCUCCCGGAGCUCACAGGCAGUUGGGAGUUCGCUGAUGAAGACAAAGACAGCCCAGUUCUCUUUAUGGGACAUAAACUGCUGCGCGUGAAUUCAGAGUUUUCAUUCAGAAAAACUCCAAGAAAUCGGGACUCACAUAACAAGAUUUUCCGAGAUCUGACAGUGCUAGCUUACCUCGCCCAGCUGAUGUCCCCCGUGCCCAAACCCCUCAGCUCCCUGCACAGCCUGACGCCCUAUCAGGUCCCUUUCAAUGCUGUUGCUCUGAGGGUUACGCAUUCUGACGUCGCCCCCACCCACAUCCUGUAUGCGGUCAAUGCCAGCUGGCUGGGGCUGUGCAGGAUCCUGGAUGAUGUCCACGGCUAUACGAGGGGCCCCAUCCUGCUGGCCCAGACGCCCAUCUGCGACUGCGUGGGCUUUGGGCUGUGCAGGGGCAUCGACAUGGAGAAGCGGCUGUACCACAUCCUCACCCCGGUGCCCCCUGAGGAGUUGAGGAGCGUGAACUGCCUGCUGGUCGGUGCCGUCUCCAUUCCACAGUGUGUCUUCACGAGCCAGCGUGGGCUCGAGGGGACAAUUCCCUAUGUCACAACCGAUUACAAUUUUAACCUUCCUGGAGCAUCAGAGAAGAUUGGAGCAAGAGACACGGAGAAGGAGAAGCUGCCCAAAGGGAAACUGCACCCCAGGUCCAAGUUCCACCGGAAAAUGAAGUUGCUCAGGGAAAAGGACAAGGACUCUCUGUCCCAGCCGGACCGCAGCAGAGCUGACGGGCUUUACGGCUGCACGGGGGCCGCGCGCUCACCACGGCCCUGCUCUCCCUGUGAAUCGUGAGCCCCCGCCGUGUGGGGAAGGAUUUGGGGCUCCUCUGCCUAGCCCCAUUGCUGGACCUCAGCCCUGCUCUUCCUCGUGGCCAGGUGCUCGCUGUCGGGGUAUUUUCUGCAGCAGUGCGCCCUUUGGACCCUGAAGAAACGGGAAAAAUUAAAAGUUCUUCAAGGACCUGGUUAUUGGAAUCAGGAUAAAAGAAGGAAUCUGGGACCCCGAGAUGCACGAGAAGGAAGGCAGGCGGGCAGGCCGAGCGGACUCGAGAGCAUCAGGGAGUCCAGGCCGCCUUGGUCCCCGUGCGCUGCAUCCAGGAUGUGGGGUGGUGCGGGGUCGCAGCUGCUCCCCAGAGGGUGUGCUCCCAGCCGCGUGGGCGCUUCCAGUCCUACGCGCCCCUUCCUGGAGAGCCCACUUGGCUUCUCCCCGUCACGGGGUCCGGUGUGGGAAGAUUGUCUCUGGUCCAUUGCAUUUCUCAAGGCUUAAUAGAUAGAAAUUGAGUCAGGAGCCCUUGAA